AUGAUACCAAUCUUUCUUCUUCUAAUUCUGCAAUCUUCUCUAAUACACAGUAUUUCAAUCCAUCAUCAAGCAGCUAAAUACAUUCUCAAAUCGCACAAUGAUUUGCGUAGUCUUGUUGCUAAAUUCGAAUUUAAAAUCAACGCGAAUCUAAAUGCUGAACCAUCUUCAAAUAUGCGAAAAUUGAUGUGGGAUGCAAAAUUGGCUGAAAAAGCACAGAAUUAUGUCAAUGAGAAUCCCAAAGAACCUAGAAAUUUUCAUGGAGAAAGCUUGUAUCAAAUCAAUUAUACAGGCAUUGUUUAUGGUAAGUUUUGAAUUCAACGAUGCUCCGCAUUCACGCCAUAGUUUUUGAAUUUUGAACAAUUUCGCGCUUGCAGUUUGAAACCGGGAUUUUUAUUGAAGUCCAAAAAUUUCGCGAUGAAACUAACUCACAUCAGAUUACUGUAGUUUAUGGAAAUCAAUAAAAAAUAGAUCAAAAAUUGAAAAUCCGAAAUGUAUCAAUUCAAAUUUUCCCGCCAAAAACUGCAAGGAUUACUGUAGCCCUUGUGAAUUUCGACACAAAAUUCAAAAUUUGCAGGUUCACCGCACGCCGAAGCUGUCGCCGCCAUGGACGAAUGGAAAGCUGAGUUGAAUGGUGCAGACUGGUCACCACAAUCGAUUUCUUGCGAAGAUUUCAAAAAAAUGCGAAACGGUUUGCAAAUGAUUCGAGCAACAUCGGGAAGUGUUGGAUGUGCUUAUCAUAAAAAAGAGCUACACGGUGUUCUAGUUUGUAUGUAUGAUGGAGAUAUGGCAGCAUCAGCGAUUGUUGAAGGAACAACACAUUCGAUUUAUAAAGUGGGAAAAGCGUGCUCCGAAUGUCCAAGCGAUUCCAAAUGUGAUGAAGAGUCAGGUCUUUGUGUCGGAACAGCUGAGAGUAUUCCAGAAGAUUCAAGUCUUGCCAAGGCUAUUUUGACACGUCAUAACAAAGAACGAAGUAAAAUCGCCAACGGGAAUUCAAUUUCUACUACUAGGUCUUGCGCUUUACGCUCAGCGUCUAAUAUGAACAAAUUGGUGAGCUAUACAUAUUUCUUAAAAUUUGGCGAUAGCUUCGCCACCGCCCUCAAGCGGUGCAACACAGAAAAAAAAUAUAUAACUUUCUCGUGUCACCGACGGUUCGCGGGUUGUGUGUGUCGUCAUUGUUUGCGUGCAAAAGGGGCGGGGCUUAAUUGAGGAAGCGCGUUUUUUUUGUAUUUUUCGAGGAUUUUCAGACAUGGGACAGUGAACUAGCCUGGUCCGCAGAACAAUAUGCCAAAAAAAAAGCACACGAAAAACGUUGGAUGAGCGGUGAAAACAUCUAUCAUGAAGAUGGUUCUGAUUCGAAUCCAGAACGAAUUGCAAAUUCAGCCAUGACUUCUUGGAUGAACGAAAUAAUGGAUAAUAGUUGGAAUCUGAAUGAUAAAAUUGGAGAGAAAGAAUAUAUAAAAAUGGGAAAUGGUCUACAAAUGAUUUGGGCGACGAGUGAGAAAAUUGGAUGUGGAAUUUAUCAAUGGACAUCUGAAGGUGGACAGAAAAAUCAUGCGAGUUUUGUUUGUCGAUAUAACAAACUAUCAAUUUGA